AUGUCAGCCACUGUUCUUCACACGCUAGUCAAUCUCUCCAGCCUAUCCCCUAAUGUCGUGAUAAUGGCUCAGGCAUAUGAUAUUGACGACUCUAUCAAUUAUUUUUUUGAGUCCAGCACAUCUGUCAGCAGACAGCAAUGUGAUACUUUUGUCAUGUCUCGAUUCAAAACUCCGGCGCAGCCCGUUCAGGUACAGGGCGUCUGGAGUUAUACGGUGACAGCUGGCGCAAACAAUUCUAGAAUCAUACAAUUCAGAGAAGAGCAUUCAUCUCUUGAUCCAUCCAAGAUGGCCCUUGUAGAGCAAGCGGCUUCCGGUUUUGUGGCUGAUAUCUUGUAUCUGGGGACUAUCGGAGAACAGUGUCCGUUGCAUAUUUACGAGAUGAACAAGCUUCCGGGUGAAGUCUACAUCAUAGCAGCGGACCAUUCUAUCCCACAGCCGGAUGACGCCAAAUCACGGCAAAGGAAUACUAUCAAAGAUCUGGCUAGAUUUUUUGCACAAUCGUGGAAUUGUAAACUACCACCGCCAUCUGAUCCCGUGACUUUAGUAGCUGAAUACGGAUUCAAGCUCGGUCGCUUAGCUGAGACUCUGCCAGCACGUUUUUCUCAAACAUUGCUUUCGCUUGGGUCGCAACUCCCUCUGGUUUUCUCCAAGUUGCCGCAUUCAGUUACGCACGGAGAUUUGUGCGAGCUCAAUAUUCUCGUUGAUCCCAGAACGGGACACAUCACAGGCAUUGUCGAUUGGGCAGAAGUCAGAGUCCUUCCUUUUGGAUUCGCACUAUGGGCAGUGGAGAAUAUCCUGGGAUUCAUGAAUGCUGAAGGGUGGCAAUACUACGAUAAUCAGGAUGAACUUCGAACAUUAUUUUGGGCCACGUUUUUGCAACAGGCCAAGGGCUGCACGGAGCAAGACAUGGAAUUAAUCCAUACAGCGCGGCUGAUAGGAUUGUUCUGUCGAUACGGCUUCACAACGGAAGGUGAGAAGAUUCUUGGUGUAGUUGGUGAUGAGGCUAUCAGCAAUCUAGCGUACCUGGCUACAGCCUCGCCUCGCGCCUUGCGUCAGCCUUUCAAUUAUCCGCAGAGUUUAUGUUACGCCAAUUGGCCAAUUGCCAACGGUAGACCCAGAGCCCUCGUUCAACGGUUCGGCUAG